UUGACGGUCCGUGUUUGAGAUAAACACGGAGCUCGGCUGCAUCCGUGAGCGCGGCUCUGGCCCUUUCGGGAGUUAUAUGUUUUUGCACAUUUAGUUGUUCUAGAAAGGUUAUUUCUCUCCAACUUCAGCUACAGUGUUGGCUAAGUUAGGAGAGGAGAGAAGGGAAAUAUUCGUGUUUUGCGCAGGAAAUUGCAUCGAGGAUUUACCGUUUAAAGCGAACCAUUACAAAAGAAUCCAAAGCUUGACAAAACCGAACAAAUACAAUCGAUAUAUAUAUAUACGCACAAUGGACACCGCUGCAUCUAAGAAACCUUGCUGUGAAAGAGUUCGCGAAUUCUUCACGUCUGCAAAAUUCCUUAUUUACCUCGGACAUGCUCUGUCAACAUGGGGGGAUCGGAUGUGGAACUUUGCUGUGGCUGUGUUUUUGGUGGAGCUGUAUGGCAAUAGUUUACUCUUGACAGCCGUGUAUGGACUGGUGGUUGCGGGGUCCGUCCUCUUACUGGGCGCUAUUAUUGGUGACUGGGUGGACAAAAACCCCAGACUGAAAGUGGCGCAGACAUCUUUGGUCGUCCAGAACAGUGCUGUCAUUCUCUGCGGUAUCCUUCUGAUGGUCGUUUUCCAGUAUAAAGAACAGCUUUCUAACAUGUAUGACGGAUGGUUGCUGACAUCAUGCUACAUUAUGGUCAUCAGCAUUGCAAACAUCGCUAACCUAGCCAGCACAGCUAUGUCUAUCACCAUCCAGAGGGACUGGGUUGUGGUUGUAGCUGGAGAUGAUCGGAGCAAUCUGGCAGAUAUGAACGCAACUGUAAGAAUAAUUGACCAGUUAACCAACAUUCUGGCUCCAAUGCUUGUGGGCCAGAUCAUGUCAUUUGGUUCCCAUUUCAUCGGCUGUGGUUUUAUCUCGGGCUGGAACCUGUUCUCCAUGUGCUUGGAGUACUUCCUGCUUUGGAAAGUUUAUCAGAAGACUCCAGCACUUGCCUUAAAAUCAGGACAGAAGAACACAGAUGACCAGGAGCUGAAGCAUCUCAACGUACAAAAAGAGAUUGGAACUAGUGAAAGCCCAGUUGAAGGCUCCCAGCUGAUGGAUGAAACCGCUGAGGUGAAGAAGAAUACCAGUUGCUGCUACCAAAUGACCGAGCCCAUCCGUACCUUUAAGGAUGGCUGGGUAGCCUACUACAAUCAGUCCAUCUUCUUUGCCGGCAUGUCUCUGGCUUUCCUCUACAUGACCGUUCUGGGCUUCGACUGCAUCACCACGGGCUACGCGUACACUCAGGGCCUGAACGGCUCUGUGCUCAGUCUCCUCAUGGGAGCCUCGGCUAUAUCUGGAAUCUGUGGAACGGUGGGCUUCACCUGGCUCAGAAAGAAGUGCGGCCUGAUCAGAACCGGCUUCAUCGCCGGAGUCAUCCAACUGUCUUGCCUCAUGCUCUGCGUGGCAUCCGUCUUUGCUCCCGGCAGCCCUUUCGAUCUCAGCAUCUCGCCCUUCGAAGAGGUCUUGAAACAUCUGUUCGGAGACAGCGGCUCGCUGCGUGAGAGUCCUACUUUUGUUCCUACAAUUGAACCACAGAUUCCGACAAAUGCCACUGUUUUUGAGGAAGCCCCCCAAGUGGAGUCCUACAUGUCUGUCAGUCUUCUCUUCGCCGGUGUCAUUGCUGCUAGAAUCGGUCUUUGGUCUUUUGACUUGACCGUGACCCAACUGAUCCAAGAGAAUGUGAUUGAGUCCGAGAGAGGAAUCAUCAAUGGCGUCCAGAACUCCAUGAACUAUCUACUUGAUCUCCUGCACUUCAUCAUGGUCAUCCUUGCACCAAAUACCGAGGCCUUCGGCCUUCUCGUGAUCAUCUCGGUUUCCUUCGUUGCAAUGGGACACAUGAUGUAUUUCAGGUUUGCCUUUAAAACCCUCCGAAGUCGACUCUUCCUGUUCUGUUCGCCCGAGCAGAAGCCAGAUCCCAAUGUUCCCUCACUUUCCAACUCUGUAUAACUAUUUAAAGAGACCGUAAGCUAACUUCUACUUGUUUCGCAUGCCACGUUCUUUAAAAACGUCGCCAGGAACCCAUUCCAUCUCUUUUACUAACAUGCAUGCUUUUGCAGUGAGUAAAAAUUCUUCUCCAUUAGUUAAGAUAACAAAGAGAUGGAGAGAUUAUGCAUGUCAAAAAAGCAUACUUUGCUUCCCUUGUUUUUUGUGUUCGAGGUGCUGUAAAAAUGCCAGAGAAGUAAUUCUCACAAAUGGGAACUAUGGUUCUUACGUGAUAUACCAUGCUUUAAUAACUCCGAAGCAAAAAUUGGCAUAUUUAUUCUAUUUUUACAUAUUUUAUAUAUUGUUUUUUUUUUUUUUUCAACUUUAUGCUCAUAGUUAAUCUUCAGACUAGGUAUGUGAGUUUAGCAAUGUGUUCUACUUAAGAUAGAGUAGUUUUGUAAUGUUUGCCCCUCAAUGAUUUUUACAAGCCAUGGUUAAAGUCUCUUUUAUAGUUAUUUUGAGUGUUCUAGUUAUUCAUUCAGUUAUGCUUCUAUAAUGCUUAUAUAUUUAUAUAAAUGUAGUCAGUAUUCUUUAUCUCAGCUUCGGUGGUGCUAUUAUUACAACUCUUCUGGAAAGCAAUGCAGACAUUUAUACAGUUUGUAACCAAAGUUGACUUUUUUUCACCAUGUGGAAGUGAGGGAAUUGCAUCUGUUUUCUUGUUAACAUCCCUGAUAUUAGUGCUGUGAACAUUUCUUGGAGAUUUAGGCCUUGAGACACUCACCCCAUUGCAACUAGUUAACUCUAGAUUUGUGUUCUGUUUGAUUAGAAAGUGAUUUUUAGCACUUGAUUGUUUUUUUGCAAAGAUUUUUACACAAGCACUUUACGCGAUUACACUUUGUCCGUUUCGAAAUAAGUACGACACACUUCAGGUUUAAGGUAUUUGCACACAAUUGAUUCUUUGCCACCAAAGUUCAGUCAGGCAGGAAUUCAGACAUUUUAUCUUGCAGUUCUGCAUCAAAACUGGAAGAUUGUCAUAUUUGCUUCAAAGGUAGUAACAAAAAUGGGAUUUUUUUUAGGAGAACUAAAAUCUCUAAGACACCCUCAUGAUUUUUACUGCCCUUUAAGUGAUGCCACACCUCAGUUUUCCCUUCAUGAAAAUCAUAUGCUAAUCUAGAACCAAGUAAACAAUUUUUAGGUCUAUGGCCACAAACACUCAGGCACCAACAUCCUUUUGAAAACCACUGCUGGCUUGACAUAUAGUUGAGGUAUUUUGUCAGUUGUGUAAUAUUGAGGUUGGACACCAGCAGGGCUCCACCAUAUGCACAGGAAAGAGAAGGGAUUGAGUCCAAUGUGGACGGCUGGUUUGAAGUGCAGCUGGUCACAAAUGCAGGUGGCCAAGUGAAGUCAAUGAUUUUUGACAUCACUUGUCAAGUAAGCAUUUUUAAUGUUUCAUGAGGCCCUUCUGGACAUACUGUCGGUCUUUAAACUCUUACUUCAUUGCGUCAGUGCAUAUCGUCUGUAUUUCUGUGAAUGUGAAGCCUUAUUUACAUCUGUAAAAUGUUUUUAUAUUCUUGUGUUGACUACUAUUGUAAUUCCGUUUUGUCCUAUGUAAUGCCACACAGAUCACCUUGCCCUUGACUAUUACAAAAUGAAACACUUGUACUUGCAAUAAAUUUUACUUUUAAAAUCCAGUUGAAUGUAAUGUAAGAACAUCCAUUAUCUUUGUAGGAGCAUAUUGAUUCUGUUCCUGUUGUGUGGUAUACUUGCAAUAAUUGUGCUUCAUACUCCAAUGCAGGGGGAAUAUACAAUUUGUACUGCAUCUCACUUCAACCGAAAUAAACAGAUUUGUACCCAAA